AUGGCAGAUUUGAAAGCCAGCAAUCGUCCCCUAGACGAAGUGUCGUCUCAAGAGGAUUCUUCCCCUACCGUCGACGAGAAAAAGGUCGUGGAGAUCAAUGCCGACCCUUCAGUAGACGCGGAUGUGGAUGAUGGAGAGGAAGAAAUUCAUCAUCCAGCCAACCAGGAUGAUAUUCUGACUCACACAUUGCACGUUCAAGAUGAUCCCACGCUGAACUGUUUCACAUUCCGUACCUGGUUUUUGGGUAUUGGUCUUGCUGUGUUCGGUGGCACCAUCUCAUCCAUCUAUUACUUCAAGCCGCAAACUGUUGUGGUAUCGACCGUUUUCCUUGCCGUCCUCGCCUAUCUCCUCGGUGAAGGUAUGGCCAUGAUCAUUCCAAGAAAAGGAUGGAUCGGAAAGUGGUUCAACCCCCAUCCCUUCAAUUCGAAGGAACACCUGGCCAUCAUCGUCAUGGCAAAUUCAGCCAGUACCGCUGCCGUCGGAAUCGAACUUUUGGCGGUUGAGCGACUCUACUACGAUGCCAAGCUCAACGGUGCCAUGUCAAUCUUUCUCCUGUUCUCCUCCCAGAUGCUGGGCUAUGGAUUUGGUGGAAUGAUGCGCAAAACCCUGGUCUACCCCAAGAGCAUGAUGUGGCCCCAGAAUCUCCCGGUCAACAACAUGUUGGAAACCUUGUAUCGCCCUCGGUCGUUAACUAAGAAGCCUCUCCAGGUUUUUGGCAUUGCUUUUACCUGCAUUUUCCUCUGGGAGAUUGUUCCAGAAUGGAUCAUGCCUAUUCUAACCGGAGUAAGCAUCUUUUGCCUGGCUAAUCAGAACAGUGCAGUCUUUACCAAUGUUUUUGGCGGCGCUAGUGGAAACGAAGGAAUGGGCCUGUUCUCCCUGUGCUUGGAUUGGGAUUACAUCUCCGGAGGUUACUCUCCACUAUACUAUCCAGUUGAAAGUCUGAUCAGUCAAGGCGUCGGCGUCAUUCUGUGCAUCCUUGUCUUUUCCGGAGUUUACUAUGGUAACAUCUGGGAUGCGCAGAAUUUCCCUUUCCUGUCCCAAGUCCUUUUUAGUGAGAACUCGACCAUGGCGAAUCAACUUCAAUGGAAUCAGACUUUGGUCAUCGGCUCCGACAAUAAAAUUAAUCAAGAAGCGUUGGCCACCGUGGGAUUGCCCUGGUUUGCGGCCACCUAUGCGAUCAAUAUUCUUACGUCCAACAUGUCUGUUUCAGCAGGUAUCAUGCAUAUGUUCCUCUGGUACUGGACGGAGAUGAAAGCUGUUUUGAGUAUCUUUCACUGGAGAAAUCUCGCGCAGAAGCUCGACCCCAGGAAUUGGAAUCUCACUUUCUGGCGUGAAGAAGCGAUGCAUGAUCCCGAGGAGGAGCACUAUGAUCCGCACUACAAGCUAAUGAAGAGUUACAAGCCAGUUCCGAACUGGUGGUACUUCUGUGUGCUAGUGCUCUCUGUCACAGUGGCUCUAAUCUGCCUCUACAAAGGAGACUCUACCUUGCCUUGGUGGGGAUUCCUGGUAUCAUGCCUAGUGGCAUGGCUGUUUUUGCUAGUAUUUGGAUCCAUGCAAGCCACCACCGGCAUUGCCUUUAUUAUCCAGCCCAUCGUUCAAUUGAUCGGAGGAUAUAUACAACCUGGCAAUCCGGUUGCCAAUAUGUACUUCACGCUUUUUGGCUACAACUCGGUCAUUCAAGGUUCAUUAUUGUGUCAAGAUCUUAAACUCGCUCAAUAUGGUCACCUGGCGCCUCGAGUGACUUUCAGCAUGCAGAUGAUUGGUACUUUAAUUGGUGCCAUUUUCAAUUAUAUCAUGAUGAAUAGCAUCGUUACUAAUCAGCGGGAGAUUCUUCUGUCUGUGGAAGGCACCAACAUCUGGUCCGGUCAACAGGCCCAGCAGUACAACACCUUGUCUGUCGCAUGGGGAGGCCUCGCCCACGAGUUGUUCUCAGUCGGUUCGCGCUACCAGUGGUGCAGCAUUGUCAUCCUUGUCGGCUUCGUGGCCCCGCUUCCUUUCUAUUUCCUGCACAAGCGGUACCCAUCCUUUGGACUCAACAAUGUCAACACCUCCGUCAUGAUAUACUACAUCUCUUACCUUUGCGUGGGAAUCAACUCAUCCAUCAUGAGUUUCUUCAUCAUUGGGUUUGGAUCUCAGUGGUACUUGAGACGCUACUACCCCAACAUCUUUGUCAAAUACAACUAUCUGGUCUCGGCCGCGUUGGACGGCGGUACUUCCAUCAUUGUCUUCAUCAUGUCUUUUGCGUUAUUUGGCGCAGCUGGAAACUCAGUUUCUUUCCCAACAUACUGGGGAAAUAACGAGAAUGGCAAUUAUGACCUAUGUCUGUAUACUGACUAA